GGCCCCAGCCACGGCCUCGCCACCGGCCGACCCCGAAGGCGCGAACAGAACGGCGCAUGCGCCUGCUGCGGCGCGCGGGGCCCGCUGGCGCCGCCGAGCCACCCUGCUGCGCACGGGCGAGAGGAAGGGGAGAGUGGGUAGUUACGUGAUGACGCUCUGCCUGUCGCCAGUCGCGCGACCCACGCAGAGUCCGUCGGGCUUGUGCCUCCUCCCGGGCCAGUGCGCUCGGGGCUGUGCACAGUGGGGGCGGGCGGGGCGAAGGCUUCCUCCCUCCUCCUCCUCCUCCUCCUCCUCUUCUCCCUCCUCCUCCUUCUCCCUCUUCUCCCUCCUCCUCCUCUUUCUCCCUCCUCCUCCUUCUCUCCCUCCCCCUCCUCCCCGGGUCCCCUCUCCGAGGGCCCGGCCCCUUCCCCCCGGCGGAGCAGGGCCGUGCGGCGGCGGCGGCGCCUUCUCCUCCUCCUCCCGGCCGUGCCGGACAAUAGGGGCGAGCGCGGCGUGUGUCUCAUCCAAAGCGGCCCCCCCUCCCCGGCCGGCCUCGCCUCCAUGCGCGGCGCCGGGCAGCGGGGCUGACAGCGGCUCCCGCCGGCGGCAGCGAGGCCCGAGGGAGCGGCCCCGGGCUCCGGGCCGGGACUCGCCGCCUCCGGCGCUGAUAGAGGCGUCCCGCUUCACCGCCUCCCGCUCGCUCCCGGCGGCCGUUCCCGCCAGGCUUUGGCGGCGGCGGACAAAGGCCCGGGGCCCGGCGCGGCCCGGCCCGACCCCCCGGGGGGUGCGGGGUUGGUGAGGAGGCGCCGGGCCCCCGCGGGGUUUUGCCGCGGGCUCCCCCCCGCCGCCCCGCUGCGGCGAGCCCUGCGCGGGCAGGUGCGGCGGCGGGCGAGGCCGCUGCCCUGCGGCGGGUCGGCGCACGGAGGCUUCUUCAAUGGAAGUAUGUUACCAGCUGCCGGUGCUGCCGCUGGACAGACCGGUGCCGCAGCACGUCCUCAGCCGCAGAGGGGCCAUCAGCUUCAGCUCCAGCUCCGCGCUCUUCGGCUGCCCCAACCCCCGGCAGCUCUCGCAGAGACGUGGAGCUAUUUCCUAUGACAGCUCUGAUCAGACUGCGUUGUACAUUCGUAUGCUAGCAAAUUCUGAAAUCGAGGUGUCUGUGUCUGCGAGAAAUGUGAGAAGGUUGCUUAGUUUCCAGAGAUACCUGAGAUCUUCCCGUUUUUUCCGUGGUAUCACUGUUCCAAAUUCUUCAAACAUUUUAGAUGAUGAUUAUAAUGGACAAGCAAAGUGUAUGCUGGAGAAGGUUGGAAAUUGGAAUUUUGAUAUAUUUCUUUUUGAUAGACUGACAAAUGGAAACAGUCUAGUCAGCUUAACCUUUCAUCUGUUUAAUCUUCAUGGACUAAUUGAACACUUCCAGUUAGAUACGAUGAAACUUCGUAGAUUUUUGGUGAUGGUUCAAGAAGAUUAUCACAGUCAAAACCCUUACCAUAAUGCAGUUCAUGCUGCUGAUGUGACUCAGGCCAUGCACUGUUACUUAAAAGAGCCCAAGCUUUCCAAAUCUUUAACUCCAUGGGAUGUCCUGCUCAGUUUAAUAGCAGCUGCCACACAUGAUUUGGAUCACCCAGGCGUUAACCAACCUUUCCUAAUUAAAACAAACCAUUACUUAGCAACUUUAUAUAAGAAUACCUCAGUAUUAGAGAACCAUCACUGGAGAUCAGCAGUGGGGUUGCUGAGAGAGUCUGGUUUAUUUGCACACAUGUCAUUAGAAAACAGGCAGCUGAUGGAAAGUCAGAUAGGUGAUCUCAUUCUUGCUACAGACAUCAGUCAGCAAAAUGAGUAUCUGUCCAUGUUCCGAUCCCAUCUGGAUAGAGGAGACCUAUGUUUAGAGAAUCCGAACCAUCGUCACUUCAUUUUACAGAUGGCUUUGAAGUGUGCUGAUAUUUGUAAUCCAUGUCGGACGUGGGAGCUGAGUAAGCAGUGGAGUGAAAAAGUGACAGAGGAGUUCUUCCACCAAGGAGAUAUUGAAAAAAAGUAUCACUUGGGUGUGAGUCCACUUUGUGACCGACAGACGGAAACUAUCGCCAACAUCCAGAUUGGGUUUAUGACCUACUUGGUGGAACCACUGUUUGGGGAAUGGGCCCGCUUUUCCAACACGAGGCUGUCGCAGACGAUGCUUGGCCACCUGGGACUGAACAAGGCUAGCUGGAAGGGGGUGCAGAGGGAACAGACUGGCAGCGGUGACGAUGUUGACCCCACUUUUGAGGAAAUGGACUCAGACAUGUUACCUCAGGAACCUCGACUGUCCUGACCUCAAUCUUCAUGACAAAACUGCCUCUUUCUUCUCUUAGUAUCUGCGCGGUUGGAUUAAAGGAGAUACUUGCCAGCCCAAGGCUUUGGUAAGAUGAUAAACCGAUGCCAGCAUUAUUUAUUUCCAAGUUUUCCUUUGACACAGACCAUUUGAAUCAGAAUUUUUUUAACCUGCAAGAUCUGAACACAGAGCAAUAUGCAUACGCCUCAGUUGGUUUUCGUUCGGAACCUUGAAUAUGCAAAGCACAGCAGUGACUGAGCCUCGGAGAAACAGUACGAAAACUUCGUUGUGCCACAUGGCUUUGGGGUUGUUUGUUUCUUUUUUGUGAUACUUGGAAUACGCUCUUCAAAUCUAAGACUUGAGACGGAUUGUUCCACUUUCUUGGAAUUUAGCAAGACUUGGGUAAAUGUGUUCAAAGCAUACCUUCCACUCAGUCCCUGUUUUAAUACGGAAAUGUGAAGUGCCCAUCCUCUGCUGCCUCUGGCAAGACUUGAUGUUUACAAAUGUACUCUGAAACUAUCGGUUCUAGACUUAACCUUUGCGUAUGGCUGUGAAGGAACCACUUGACUUGGGGGUUUGGGUUUUUUUUUUUGCUUUUUUAAAGGAAAAAGAUCAAAGUGGAGACUGCAGCUCUUGUUUCUUUGGAUGCAGAAAAGCCUCCCAUUUGCCAUGAUUUUGUUUGUGCACUGGGAACUGAGCAUUCAUCAUAGAGCACAGCCAAGCUUUCCUCCAGUGCUAUAUGGGAAUGCAAGUUUUUUUAACGGCGGAAAACACUUCUGAAUCUGGGAAGGGAAGGGAAGGGAUGGGAAGGGGGGGUGGAGGGUGGGAGGGGAAGCGUCCGAACUGCAUUGCGAUUCUGCAGUGGGAACAUCGCAUGUUGUUUUCACUCAUGUACACUUGAACUGCACAUGCAAGAAAAAAGGUGGAAUGUCUAAAACACCAUAACCAGCUCAGGGUAUUUGCCAAUCUGAAAUAAAAGUGGGAUGGGAAGCGUGUCCUUCAGAACAAGGGUACAAAUGCCCCUUUCGCUGCAGCGUGUGUGUAUGUGUGCGUGUGUGUGAGUAUGUUUGGGACGGGGGAGGGCGGGAGGGGUCCGGGAAGGGUUUGAACGGCAGCAUUCUUAUUUUGUUCUUUAUUUUGUCUUUCCUUUUUUUCCUCUUUCUUUUCUUUCUUAAUUUAUUCUUUUAGAAUGUGACAAUUUCAUGAACAGCCACAUUGGGGAGGAAACUGUAACAAAUUGCUACAGAUGCCUUAAACUAUGCACAAAGCUAAGUGACCAAAUUUGUUUUUGAUUUGAAAAAUAAUAAUAAUGAUAAUGAAAAAAAAAAAAGUGCAUUGUUUACGUAUUCCUCCCUCUACUGAAACAUUACCCACGAUAAUGGGGUCUCGAUGGGAAAAGGAGAAAAUGUUUUUUAGGGCAAAAUUAAAGGACUAAUUUUAAACUUAAAACAUUCCAUUUUUGUAAUUUGUUUUACAUUGGUUUAAGUACCGUAAGCACAACUGUAAUCUAGUUUGAGAAACUGGUGCUUUCUUUUAGUUCAUUUGUAUUUCCCUGUUAUUAUUGUAAAAGACUGUUUAUUAUUAAUUCUGUUUACAGUUUGUUGCAACAGCCAUUUUUGGGAGCGAGCUUCAGCGUAAAGCCAUUUGUAAAGGCUUUGCCAUAUUCAUUUUAAUAUGUGCCUGUUGCUGUUAACUUUUAAUUAAUAAAAAAAACCCUCUUUUCACAUCAUGCUCCUGUACAUUUGAGUUACGACCGUCCAGCGUUAUGGAGAGGUAGCUAAGGUUGCAGUCAGCUUCCACUGUAAAACUAAGCCAACUUCUGGAUCUGAAAAUACUAGUCCUCGUAUGCCAGAAUUGAUUGCCUCUUGGAGCUUGGCCUUUUACUGUUUGAAAAGCAAAUCCUGACUUACCUGAUUGUUUCCCUUCUAAAAUGAAGUUGUUUUAUUAUUCUUUCAUGUUCCCUGGAGUAGUAUCAUUAAUCUCAAAGUGGCCAUGUUUAAAGAAAUAAAUUUGUAAUGAAACCA